GAAGAGGUGUGUGUGGGUCUCGGUGUGGAGAGUGUAUAGGGGUCGGGGUCGCGUCUGUGGAUUACUCACCUCAUGACAUACACCUGCCUAAAGAGGGAAAGGGAAUUACAAACUAUCAGUCGCAGAAAGGAAGCGUCCGUGAGGCUGGUGCUGAUGGACUUUUGCUUGAGCGCUUGGGAGCGGUGAGCUGAGAGACUGCUGCCCAGGCACUGCCUCAUAUAUCUGCGCUCCCGAAGUUCUACUUAAAGAAGAGGAAAGGGACCACUUCACGCAACAUGUCAACUGUACAAACCACAGUGUCCGAUAUGCGUACGAGAGCUGAAGGCUACGAGAAGACAGAUGAUGUAUCUGAAAAGACCUCACUUGCAGAUCAAGAAGAGAUGCGAAUAAUUUUUAUCAACCAGCCACAGCUAACAAAGUUCUGCAACAACCAUGUUAGCACUGCAAAGUACAAUCCCAUCACGUUCCUGCCAAGAUUUCUCUAUUCUCAGUUCAGAAGAGCUGCCAACGCUUUUUUUCUGUUUAUAGCGCUACUUCAGCAAAUUCCAGAUGUGUCACCAACAGGUCGCUAUACAACACUGGUUCCUCUCUUGUUUAUUUUAACUGUGGCAGCAAUCAAAGAAAUUAUAGAAGAUAUUAAAAGGCAUAAAGCUGAUAAUUUUGUAAACAAGAAGAAAACUCAAGUAUUGCGAAAUGGUGCUUGGGAGAUUGUGCACUGGGAAAAGGUGUCUGUAGGGGAAAUAGUGAAAGUGACCAAUGGGGAGCAUCUCCCAGCUGAUCUCAUCAGUCUGUCAUCAAGUGAACCUCAAGCAAUGUGCUACAUUGAAACCUCAAAUCUAGAUGGAGAAACCAAUCUUAAAAUACGACAGGGUUUGUCGGUAACCGCAGAAAUGAAGGACAUAGAUACACUGAUGAGCCUCUCUGGCAAAAUUGAAUGUGAAAGUCCUAACAGACAUUUAUAUGAUUUUAAUGGAAACAUCAGACUGGAUGGCCAUGGGCUCGUCCCACUGGGCCCAGAUCAGAUUCUGUUACGAGGGGCUCAGUUGAGAAACACACAGUGGGUGCAUGGAAUUGUUGUCUAUACCGGCCAUGAUACUAAGCUCAUGCAGAAUUCCACAAGGCCACCUCUGAAACUGUCAAAUGUGGAACGUAUAACCAACAUCCAGAUACUGCUUCUGUUUGGCACACUAAUCGCGAUAUCUUUAGUCUGCUCCAUUGGCUGCUCUAUAUGGAAUUCCAGGCAUGGUGAUAAAGACUGGUAUCUAAGUUUGAACUAUGGAGGAGCUAGCAACUUUGGACUGAAUUUUUUAACAUUCAUCAUUCUCUUCAACAAUCUCAUACCUAUCAGUUUGCUGGUUACUUUGGAGGUGGUGAAAUUUAUCCAGGCGUAUUUCAUAAACUGGGAUGUAGAUAUGCUCUAUGAACCUACAGAUACUGCUGCUAUGGCCCGAACUUCAAAUCUUAAUGAAGAGCUAGGGCAGGUAAAGUACAUAUUUUCUGACAAAACUGGGACCUUGACUUGCAACGUAAUGCAAUUUAAGAAGUGCACUAUAGCAGGAAAUGCCUAUGGCCAUUGCCCAGAGCCAGAAGAGGACAGGUAUUCAGACGAUGGUUGGCAUUAUUCGCAUAGUGAAGAAGGCCGUGACUUCCAAGAUCCAUCUUUGAUGGAAAAUCUGGAAAACAAUCAUCCGACUGCACCAGUGAUAUGUGAGUUUCUUACCAUGAUGGCGAUAUGUCAUACUGCUGUGCCGGAGCGAGAUGGAGAUCAGAUCAUUUAUCAGGCAUCUUCACCUGAUGAGGGUGCUCUAGUCAGAGCAGCAAAGCAAUUACGUUUUGUAUUUACCGCUCGGACACCAAAUUCUGUCAUAAUAGAAUCACUUGGUCAGGAAGAGCGAUUUGAGCUGCUGCAUGUUCUGGAAUUUACAAGUAAUCGGAAGCGAAUGUCUGUCAUUGUUCGAAAUUCAGCAGGAAAACUGAGACUGUACUGUAAAGGGGCAGAUACUGUUAUUUAUGACCGUCUGGCUGAAACCUCAAAGUACAAAGAAAUUACACUGAAACAUUUGGAACAGUUUGCGACAGAAGGUUUACGGACCUUGUGCUUUGCUGUUGCUAGUAUCCAAGACAGUGCAUAUGAAGAAUGGUUGGAUGUCUAUCAUAGAGCUUCCACUUCUGUACAGAACAGAGCACUGAAACUGGAGGAAUGCUAUGAACUUAUAGAAAAAAAUCUACAUUUACUUGGAGCCACAGCCAUUGAGGACAAGCUACAAGACAAUGUGCCAGAAACAAUAGAGACAUUGGUCAAGGCAGAUAUCAGGAUCUGGAUUCUAACAGGAGAUAAGCAGGAAACUGCUAUUAAUAUAGGCCAUUCUUGUAAACUUCUUACAAAAAAUAUGGGACUACUUGUUAUUAAUGAAGACUCCCUUGAUACAACACGAGAAGUUUUAAGUCAUCACUGUAGCACUCUUGGCGAUGCCUUGAGGAAGGAGAAUGACUUUGCUCUGAUAAUUGAUGGCAAGUCCCUGAAGUAUGCCUUGACAUUUGGAGUGAGACAGUAUUUCUUAGACCUCGCUCUUUCAUGUAAAGCUGUAAUUUGUUGCAGGGUAUCCCCUCUUCAGAAAUCUGAAGUUGUUGAGAUGGUGAAAAAACAAGUCAAAGUUAUCACCCUUGCUAUUGGCGAUGGAGCAAAUGAUGUCAGUAUGAUUCAGACUGCUCAUGUGGGUGUUGGUAUCAGUGGGAAUGAAGGGCUACAAGCUGCCAACUCCUCUGACUACUCUAUAGCACAGUUUAAGUAUUUGAAGAACUUACUUCUGGUCCAUGGUGCUUGGAAUUACAAUCGAGUAGCAAAGUGCAUAUUGUACUGUUUCUAUAAGAAUAUUGUGCUCUAUAUUAUUGAGAUCUGGUUUGCAUUUAUGAAUGGUUUCUCUGGGCAGAUCCUCUUUGAAAGAUGGUGCAUCGGCCUGUACAAUGUGAUGUUUACAGCAAUGCCCCCUUUAACUCUCGGAAUAUUUGAACGAUCGUGUCACAAAGAAAACAUGCUGAAAUACCCAGAGUUGUACAAGACAUCUCAAAAGGCCCUUGAUUUCAAUACAAAGGUCUUCUGGGUUCACUGUCUGAAUGGCCUUUUACACAGUGUUAUCCUGUUCUGGUUUCCAUUAAAAGCUCUCCAGCACGAUACCAUUUUUGGGAAUGGAAAAACCUCAGACUAUCUUUUGCUUGGUAACAUUGUGUACACAUUUGUGGUGAUAACUGUAUGUUUGAAAGCUGGAUUAGAAACAUCACACUGGACAAAGUUCAGUCACAUAGCAAUCUGGGGGAGCAUUCUGCUAUGGAUUGUUUUCUUUGGAAUCUAUUCUUCUUUGUGGCCUGCAAUUCCCUUGGCGCCUGACAUGUCAGGAGAGGCAGAUAUGAUGUUUAGCUCAGGAGUUUUCUGGAUGGGUCUUUUCUUCAUCCCCGUCACAUCCUUGCUCCUGGACGUUUUGUACAAAGCUGUCCAAAGAACAUGUUUUAAAACCUUAGUUGAUGAAGUUCAUGAACUGGAAGCCAAAGCGCAGGAUCCUGGUGCUGUUGUACAUGGGAAAAGCUUAACUGAGAGAGCACAAUUACUGAAGAACGUCUUUAGAAAGAAUACGGCGAAUUUAUACCGUUCUGAAUCCGUACAGCAAAACCUUCUGCACGGAUAUGCCUUUUCCCAAGAUGAAAAUGGAAUUGUUUCUCAGUCUGAUAUGAUCAGAGCCUACGACACCACCAAGCAAAGAGCAGAAGAAUGGUGAACGGAAGUAGACGUGAACAAGAACGCCUUUGUUCCUCACUUGUUAAUUCACUAGGUCUUGCCUGAAAUCUGGUCAGAAACCUCGUGGUUGGUGAUUUCAAAAAGAUCUGUGUCCAACAAUUGACUUGUCAUUUUUUUUUCUUUUUUCAUUUAAAAAAAAAAAGUAGCGUUGAGCAAGGCACUGUUAAUGUAUAAGAACUGUUGCACAUGUUUCUCCUGAGAGUGUAGAGUGUGGCAAGUUAGUGUAAUAAUAAAGCAUUUCAGUAUUACUGGUAUGAGUGCACCCUGCUGCCCUGGGGUGAUCUGCCAGCUUUAGAAAUGAAGGACAACUUUUUCUAACCAGACCCCUGUAUUUAACGUGGCGGAACGAUGGUCUGUGAAACUAGAGCUGCAGAACCAGCAUUCUACGUGAAAUCAGCUGCCCGCAUCAUCCGAGGGAGAGAGAGUCAAGUAUCAAACUACUUUCAUAUAAAUGUUUGCCAAAGAAACAUAUCCUGCCCUGGUUAUUCCCUGCUGGAUAUCUUUGGAAGAUCUUUUCAGCUGAUUGGGGGAUAUUUCCUGCAAAUUCUCCUCAAUUCUCCAAUUCUUCUACGGGGCAAACUUACACCCCGUGAGCUUGUAUCCUUGUACCUUAAUGACACUUGUUUUUAUUAUCUGUGACAUUUUACACCUUGCGCCUUAUUCAUGCUACCCUAUUAAUCUCGUAGAGUAAAAAUGUGAAUGCAUUAAUAUGCUUGUGUGUGUCUAAAGAGAUGGGAGUGUUAGUGUCGCUAAGGAACAUAACCCUGGCCCUGUUUCUCUCCUGUCUUCUGCUCUUUCCCUUCUUAUACGUUAACUAGAAGGAAAUGCAAUUCCUUUUCUUUCUUUUAAUUCUUUUAAUGUCAAGUUGUUUGGCACAGGUUGGUAUUUAUAUUGAUAUAAACGUAUGCCCUUUACUCCAAUUUCUAGCCUUUUUUCCCUAAGUUCAUUUAAGCUUCAUUUCUGUACUGUUUUAAAUGUUGUUUCCUGCACAAAAGCACUUGCUUGUAGUGAAGAAUAUAAAUUGUUGUGUUCGUUUUAGUCUGUAUCGUGGAGGAUGAAUUCGGAAGGAUUAGAAUGCUAUAUAGACCAACUGUGCCGCAGAUCUGUCCAUUGUGUGCUUGAAACUUGAGGGGUUGAUAUGACUCUUGACCAACAUUCUUUAUAAAUUUACAUUUUUGAAUUUGAUACCAUUUUAAUGAAGUCUGUAGAUAAAACGUUGAAAUUGUGCAUGUUUAUAUGUUAUAUUUGUAUUCUGCAAAUUUACUUUGCCACUUGCACCGCAGCAUGAUCAGCUCUUUUAUGAGAGGUUUGCUCCAUCUAAAGAUUCAUUGUAAAGAUCAAUGGCCAUGAAGGUACUAUUUGUUAUAUUUGCACCCACAGUAUGUUACUUGCAUGAUUAUUUCUGUUUUUGCUCCAUUCCAUACCAUUUCAACAUUUCGGUCGCCUUAAAGGCACAAUUCAGUCAGAAUGAAAUGAGAUUGGUCUAGAAAAAAAUGCACAUUCUUCCUAAACUCUUCAACUACAACCUUUCCGCCACACAUCCAGUGUACAGAAUACAGAAUGGAAGCUGCAGUAGGCUGGACAAGCCCAUGGGCAUUGUAGUGGUAGUGACUUCCAGUUUGAAAGGGAAUUGGAGUAGAGCUAUUAACUGGCCCUUCUACCAUUGAGGUGUGAGUUUUAAUCAAUAUUUAUAUAUAGAUUUUAUGACAUGUGGCAAAAAUAUUUUGCUAUAAAAGGCCCCAGAUUAGGAUUAGGGAUUUCCUUACCCCCUGGCAGAAUGUCGAUAUAUUUUUAUGUAAAUGGAAUUGUAUAUAAAAUGAUUGGCGACAGGCUAACUCCACUGUUUGUAGCUUACAAUAACGCAAACCUGUGUAAUACAGCUACUAAUGUGCAUACAGCCUGUAUUUCACACUCCAAAGGCUGUGUCAGAGCUGGUUGUAAGAAUGUGUGUAGAUAGUUUCCUUGGAUUUUACUGGAUGCCCUUAAGUGCCUGUACACAGAUGCAAUGCAUCUGGUCCAAAUGAGGUGUCAGUAUAUAUUAUACUCCAUUAGAAGAGUCUACAUGUGAAUAGAUGAAGUAACCAUUAAAAACUAUUCAGAUACGUCCAGAAGCUUCAGCUCAUCGGAUUGGCUGUAUUAAUAGAUUGACAUGCAGAGUCUCUUGUAUUUAGGUAUUCUGGAGAAUCUGAUUCCCCAAAGCACCUAAAGGGCCACCAUUCCAUCGUUUUCUUCAGCCCUACCAUUGGAGCAGUCGCACGCUGAUAUUUUCUUACGUAAAUAUACUAGUAAUAUUUGUUCUUUUUUAAUUUACCCUUUUUAUGCAUCUGUUUACUAAUGUAUUCCUGAUUCAGAAUGGACUGUCAUACUGGGGUGUCUCCUGUAGGAAAGCUGGAGAUUGGAACUUAGUUGUUCCAAUUUUAUGUCAUAGACUGGAAAGUUGAUCUAUUUUUUUCCUGUCAAUUUAGAGCUAUAAUUAUUAGUGAAUUUGAAUGGAUUCUCCUCAUGUUGAACAAGUUUGAGAUCACUUCUGAAUAAAUUCUACCAUGUGUUUGGGUUAGCAUUGUUUUGUUAUGGCAAGGUCUGGCAUAGUUCCAGGUAUAUUUAGUACCAAUGACCUAGGGGGAGAGUGGAAUUUCUUUUGGGCAGUUGUUUAAAACUUUGCCUCUUUGUUACUCAGUCAUGGGAAUAAGUGUUUCCAGAACCAAAGCAUUUUCUUUACAAGGUCAGACAACAGAGAGAAAUAGUUUGCUAAUCAGGCCCGUGACAAGUACAAACAUAUAGGUGGGAAAAUGCCUAUGGAGUACUCAGGCCUAAGGUAUUGUUAGGCAAUGCAGAGGGUAGUGGCACCUCUCCCAGGGCAGUUUUUCAGUAUUCCCUGCCAUACUUUAUGGCGGCUUAUUGAUUUGAAAAUAUGGGUUAAAAGUUAGAGCAUAAAGCAAUACGUUUUUAGCAUCUUGGAGAGCUGGGCUUGGCUGGGCAGAAGAAGAACUUGGUGAGAAGGGGAGAAACUCCUUUCCACCUGGCAUAGGCCUCCAGGACUUGUAUUGUUAUAGUGUGUAAUGGUGUUGGGCUGGAGAGAAGCCACAACAUCCCUUUAAUACUAGUGUGUAUGCAAUGGUGCCCCCGCUGGAGGAGAACCCAUCAUAUCCACUUAGGCACGGGAUCACCAGCCCUUUGGCACCAUGAAUUAGCACCCCACAAAUGUAAAUAUCUCCUUAACUGCUUGUGACUAGGAAAUGGCGUCUGUACACCAUCAAGUGACAGACAAAUUCCUUAAAACAAAUUGGUUGUUUGUGCCUUGGGUGUCGUUAGCACCAUGGAUGCAAAACUUGGCUGUGGUUUAAGGUUGUAUUUUUUCAUUUUUCUGCGUAUUUAUAAUGGAGGUCAGUGAAGGUGACGGAAACAUGGCUGAGUAUUACGGUAAGGAAUGUUACAGAUUCCCUGAACUCUGCAGCACUUAUUUGCUGAAUUGCCUCUCAUUUCAAUAAGUAAACACCGCCUAUGACUGGGCUGCUUUUAUAUUGUUUCUAUCCGUCCAGCUCAGGGGGUGAGCGUCUGUUUGGCCGUCCCUCCACUUCUUUAGAGCCCUGAUUGCCCGUGACUAAGUGUAACCCCUUUGUGCCUGUGGUGCCAGUAUCUGUGCUCCCCCCGCAUGACUUGGUAUUGAAUAAAUCUCAUCUUUUGUGAUUCUAUUUGGUUCACAUUCAUCUCAUCUCUGGGUUUCCUCUUGAUUUGCAAGCUUGCACUCUAGUACUGUAUGCUUUGGGCCCUGUCUUAUUCAUGGAGCAUUGGAUUACAUAGGAGCUGUGUUGGGACAUAGCGUUUCUUUUUAAUCCAACCACGUUAAAUAUCUCAUAUUUGUCUUUGCACUUCCACAGCCAACAUUAGAGUUCCCUGUGUUUCUGUGAGUAGAAUGUGUUUCUGUUGCUCUCACCCUAGAAGCCAUACAGGAAUAUGUGUUUCCAAUGUUUCUCUUGUUGUCAAUAGAGCUGAGAGGUCCCUGAAUGCUCCUGUGCACUGAUGUCUCACACUGAUGUCUCGCACUGAUGUCUCACACUGCUGGAAGGUGGAAUAGUGAAGAUGCAUGAAUGAUGAUUGUGUUGUGGUAUCCGCCUCCCAAAAGUUCUUUUUCAUGUUGAUAUUUGGCCUUGUUUCAUGGUGAACCUGGAAAUUUAAGGAUUCAACAUGGGGGCUGUUGCAACUUUUUUAUUGUUAUAGGUUUUUUUUGUUUUUCUUUUUAUUUAUACUUUACAUUUUAAAGCAGUGUUUUGUCUUGUUUAUAUUUGGUGAAUGUGCAUGUAUUACACUGGAAUUUUUCAAUGUUUUGUCUCUGUUUAAAACAAAUUAAAGUAAUACUUUAACUGUU